AUGAACCAAAACGAAGAUGUUUUAACUUAUUCACUUGAGGCAAUCCAGUCUUCUGCCAGAGAACCAGGGCCUCAGACUGCGUGCUGGAGGUCAAGGUCUGAUGAGGCGACUGAUGAAGCGAACAUCAUCUUUAAAGGACAGAGAAGCAGUUCUAAGGUGCCCAAACUGGACACUCUGGGCCUGGAGAUCCUAUCCAUGAAGAUCAUGAGCUGCAGCCUCCCACUGACAGGACAGGACAGGACAGCUGUCACCAGCUCCUUCCUGGAGCUAGAAUGUCCUCUUCUAAUCGCUGUCAUCUUAUUCUCUGGUAUUGGCUGGACAUUUCCAUUUUGUAUAUCUGUUAUGGCUUCCCCUUCUGCUUUCAUAAGGGAGCUGGUGAACACAACAUGUGUGCAGAGGUAGUGGCAGGUUCCUCUCAUCUGGUCCUUCACUGUGUCUGUUUUCUGCAUCGGGGGGUUGCUGGGCUCGCUUGUGUCCUCUUGGUUGGUCAUAGACUUCCACAGAAAGAAAACCCUUUUCAUAGGGAAUUGUGUGUUUAUAACUGGAGCUGUGUUGAUGGUCCUGAGCCAAACAGCUGUGUCUUUUGAGAUGAUCAUCGUGGCAUGGUUUCUCUAUGGCUUCGGCUCAGGACUCAAUGAUGUAGCUCACACCAUGUACCUUGUUGAAUGUGCCCCCAAGAGGCUGCGAGCGAUGAUGGGCGUGUCCACCGCUACCUUCCUUUCCUUGGGGAAGUUCACUGGUCAGCUGCUGGGGAUCAGUGAGUUGCUUGGCACACGGGAGAGGUUGCCCUGGCUGCUUGGUUUCAGUGGUUUUACAGCGUUACUGCAGCUCCUCGUCCUGCCUCUCCUGCCAGAGUCUCCCAGCUUCCUCUUGUUGUUCAAAGGGGACCAACAGGUCUGUGAAAAAGCUCUCAAGAAGCUAUGGGGUAAGAAGGACUACAGCAGAGAUUUGGAGGGGUUGUUGAAGGAGAAAGCUGUCUUGCAGAACUUUCACAGUUACUCAGUGAUUGAGUUGAUUCAGAACAAAGACGUCCGUUGGCAGUCGACCUCCAACAUCAUUAUCUAUAUGUGGCGUUGGUGGUUUACAGCCCUGUCAGUAGGGGGUGCUGCAGGCCCCUCAGCACCCCCUACUGCCAGCAUCUCUUUGCAAGUUUAUGUGUGGUUGGAGCUCCCCCCUCUGUUCUACUGCUGUAAAUGUGCUUUGAUGUUGCAGUUCAUGAUUGUUGAGUACACAGGCAAGAAAGUCCUGCUGUUCAGAGGAUACAUGGCAAUGGCUGCAACACUGAUCCUCCUCACCAUCACUGUGUGCCUACAAAAUCAGGUUUCCUGGUUGCUGUACUGCAGCAUGAUCCUUGUUUUCAUCUUCAUCACUCUUUUUGCUGGUGGACCAGAUGGCGUAUCACCUACUUUUCCAUCGGAAAUAUUAAGUCUUUCAUACAGAUCAGCCUCAUUCACAAUCCUCUGCUCUUUCAACUGGAGUUGCAUGUUUUUGAUGGUGAAACUGCAUCACUUUAUUUUUCUCAUAUUCAUGUUUUUGGAAACCAAAAAGAGACUAAAUUGUGAUAAUUUUCUCAUCAAGUAUCAUGAAGAAGAAGUCAUGUUAUCACAAUGA